GGAAGCUGCUGAGGUAAAGUUAGGGGGAGAGAGAGACUCCGUCAGCCAAGCGAGAGCCGGCGAAGCUCGGCGGCCGCCAUUACUGAGCCGAGAGCGCUGAGGAGGGAGCGGAGAGGCGGGACGGGACUGCGGCGGCCGGCAGCGCUCGGGAGCCGCGGGCCGGAGAGAGGAGAGAGCCCCGCGGGGAGAAGAAGCCGCCGGGGGCGCCGGCGCGGAGCGAGCGUCCCGGGAAUGCAGCCGCUCCCGCCGCCGCGGAGGAGCCGGAUCCCGGCAGCGCGAGAUCCCUUAGGGAAGGACUUACUGAAGGUCGCUGUUUAAAUGUGGUGACAUCACUGCAGAAAGAUCACAGCAGGAUAAUCAUUUUGCUUUGCACCUUGUUUUUCUUACAGAAGAUGAUUCUUCUUCAUUCUGAGUUUCUGAGCUCUCAAAGACAAGCUGAAGCAAGAGCAGUUGAAAGCCGUUUGUGUAACCGUGGAUAUACAAUUUAAACUUGUAGGAACAUUUCCAGAAUGAAAACCACAUAUAGUUACCUUACUAAUUGCCAAAUGAUGAGUGGAAAGUUAUGAUGGCAAAAAACAAAGAGCCACGUCCCCCGUCUUAUGCUGUUAGUGUUGUUGGACUGUCUGGAACUGAAAAGGAUAAAGGUAAUUGUGGAGUUGGGAAGUCGUGUUUGUGCAAUAGAUUCGUUCGUUCAAAAGCAGAUGAAUAUUAUCCUGAGCAUACCUCUGUGCUUAGCACAAUUGACUUUGGAGGAAGAGUUGUUAACAAUGAUCACUUUUUGUACUGGGGUGACGUAACGCAAAGUGGGGAGGAUGGAAUUGACUGCAGAAUUCAUGUAAUUGAACAGACUGAGUUCAUUGACGAUCAGACUUUCUUGCCUCAUCGGAGUACGAACUUACAACCAUACAUAAAACGUGCAGCUGCCUCCAAACUGCAGUCAGCAGAAAAAUUAAUGUACAUUUGCACAGAUCAGCUGGGCUUGGAGCAAGACUUUGAGCAAAAACAGAUGCCUGAAGGGAAAUUGAGCAUUGAUGGAUUUUUACUGUGCAUUGAUGUCAGCCAAGGAUGUAAUAGGAAGUUUGAUGAUCAACUUAAAUUUGUGAAUAAUCUCUAUAUUCAGUUAUCAAAAUCUAAGAAACCCAUAAUAAUAGCAGCAACAAAAUGUGAUGAAUGUGUGGAUCAUUAUCUACGAGAGGUUCAGGCAUUUGCUUCUAACAAGAAGAACCUCGUGGUAGUGGAAACAUCAGCAAGAUUCAAUGUCAAUGUUGAAACCUGUUUUACUGCCCUGGUACAAAUGAUGGAUAAAACUCGUGGUAAACCUAAAAUAAUCCCCUACUUGGAUGCCUACAAAACUCAAAGACAGCUAGUUGUUACAGCAACAGACAAGUUUGAAAAACUUGUCCAAACUGUGAGAGACUAUCAUGCUACUUGGAAGACAGUUAGUAAUAAACUGAAAAACCACCCUGAUUAUGAAGAGUACAUAAAUUUGGAAGGAACAAAAAAGGCCAAAAAUACAUUUUCAAAACACAUAGAGCAGCUUAAACAGGAACAUAUUAGAAAAAGAAAAGAAGAAUACAUUAAUGCAUUGCCGAGAGCUCUUAAUACUCUUCUGUCGAAUCUAGAUGAGAUUGAACAUUUGAGCUGGUCAGAAGCAUUGAAAUUAAUGGAGAAAAGGCCUGACUUCCAUUCCUGUUUUGUAGUGCUUGAAAAAACACCCUGGGAUGAAACUGACCAUAUAGAUAAAGUGAAUGACAGAAGGAUUCCAUUUGACCUUCUCACUACACUAGAGGCAGAAAAAGUUUAUCAAAAUCAUGUGCAGCAUCUUAUAUCUGAAAAGAGGAGGAUUGAAAUGAAGGAGAAAUUCAAAAAAACUCUUGAGAAAAUCCAGUUCAUUUCACCCGGACAGCCAUGGGAAGAAGUUAUAUGUUUUGUUAUGGAGGAUGAGGCGUUCAAAUACAUCACUGAUGCAGAUAGUAAGGAAGUGUAUGGUAGGCAUCAGAGGGAGAUUGUUGAAAAAGCCAAAGAGGAGUUUCAGGAAAUGCUUUUUGAACAUUCAGAGCUAUUUUAUGACCUGGAUCUUAAUGCAACACCAAGUUCCGAUAAGAUGAGUGAAAUUCAUGCAGUUUUGAGCGAAGAGCCUAGAUACAAAGCUUUGCAGAAACUUGCACCUGAUAGAGAAUCUCUUCUUCUCAAACACAUAGGAUUUGUUUAUCAUCCAACUAAAGAAACUUGUCUCAGUGGCCAAAAUUGCAUGGACAUUAAAGUAGAACAGUUACUUGCCAACAGUCUCCUGCAAUUAGACCAUGGUCGUUCAAAUUUAUACCACGAUAGUGCCAACAUAGAUAAAGUUAAUCUUUUCAUUUUGGGCAAAGAUGGCCUUGCACAAGAGUUAGCAAAUGAAAUUCGGACACAGUCCACUGAUGAUGAAUAUGCAUUAGAUGGAAAAAUAUAUGAGCUAGAUCUUAGGCCAGUUGAUGCGAAAUCCCCAUAUCUAUUGACUCAGUUGUCAACCUGGGCAUCUACCUUCAAACCACAUGGUUGUUUUUGUGUGUUUAACUCUAUUGAAUCACUGAAUUUUAUUGGGGAUUGCAUUGCAAAAAUAAGAGCUGAAGCAUCUCAGAUAAGGAGAGACAAAUAUAUGGCCAAUCUUCCAUUUACAUUAAUACUGGCUAAUCAGAGGGACAGUGUUAGUAAGAACCUGCCUAUUCUGAGACAUCAGGGACAGCAGUUGGCCAACAAAUUACAAUGUCCUUUUGUAGAUGUGCCUGCUGGUACAUAUCCACGGAAGUUUAAUGAGACCCAAAUAAAACAAGCUCUAAGGGGAGUACUGGAAGCAGUUAAACACCACUUUGAUGUUGUGAGUCCUGUUCCCACCAUUAAAGAUCUGUCAGAAGCUGACCUAAGAAUUGUCAUGUGUGCUAUGUGUGGUGAUCCAUUCAGUGUAGAUCUCAUUCUUUCACCUUUCCUUGACUCUCACUCCUGUAGUGCUGCUCAGGCUGGCCAAAGCAAUUCUGUGAUGCUUGAUAAAAUUAUAGGUGAAAAGAGGCGUAGGAUACAAAUAACUAUAUUAUCAUACCAUUCUUCAAUUGGUGUAAGGAAAGAUGAACUUGUUCAUGGAUAUAUACUGGUUUACUCUGCAAAGCGGAAGGCAUCUAUGGGGAUGCUUCGGGCAUUUCUUUCUGAAGUUCAGGAUACGAUUCCUGUCCAAUUGGUGGCUGUUACGGAUAGCCAGGCAGACUUUUUUGAGAAUGAAGCAAUCAAGGAGCUCAUGACUGAAGGAGAACACAUAGCAACAGAGAUUACUGCAAAGUUUACAGCUUUGUAUUCAUUAUCUCAAUAUCAUCGUCAAACAGAGGUCUUCACGUUAUUCUUCAGUGAUGUAUUAGAGAAGAAAAACAUGAUUGAAAGUUCCUAUAUGUCAGACAGCACAAGGGAAACAACGCAUACAAGUGAAGAUGUUUUUUCAAGGUCUCCUAGAGGAGGUUCCCUUGACUAUAAUUAUCCAGAUUCAGAGGAUGAUGCUGAGGGACCGCCCCCAUACAGUCCAAUUGGUGAUGAUGUAAGGUUACUCCCGACCCCUAGUGACCGUUCAAAGUACCGAUUGGACUUGGAAGGAAAUGAGUAUCCUGUCCACAGUACACCUCUCAACUGUCACGACCAUGAACGCAACCAUAAAGUGCCUCCUCCAGUAAAACCGAAACCCCUUGUUCCACGAACAAAUGUGAAAAAACUGGAUCCUAACCUUCUGAAAACAAUAGAGGCAGGUAUUGGUAAAAACCCAAGGAAACAACCUUCUCGAGUGCCUGUAGCACCCCCGGAAGAUGUAGACCAAUCUGACAAUUAUGCUGAACCUAUUGACACUAUUUUCAAACAUAAAGGCUUUGCAGAUGAUAUCUACGCAGUUCCAGAUGAUAGUCAGAAUCGUAUUAUUAAAGUUCGAAACUCAAUGCCUAUAAAUGCCCAGGGUGAUGAAGAGAAUGGAUUUUCUGACAGAAUGUCUAAAAGUCAUGGGGAAAGAAGACCUUCAAAGUACAAAUACAAGUCUAAGACACUGUUCAGCAAAGCUAAGUCUUACUAUAGGAGAACGCAUUCAGAUGCGAGUGAUGAUGAAGCUUUUACCACCUCUAAAGCUAAAAGAAAAGGCAGGCAUCGUGGUAGUGAAGAAGACCCACUUCUUUCACCUGUUGAAACGUGGAAGGGUGGCAUAGAUAACCCUGCUAUUACAUCAGAUCAAGAAUUGGAUGAUAAAAAAAUAAAAAAGAAAACUCAAAAAGUGAAAGAAGAUAAGAAGCAAAAAAAGAAAGUUAAGACAUUCAAUCCUCCAAUCCGUAGAAACUGGGAAAGUAAUUACUUUGGAAUGCCCCUACAAGACCUGGUUACAUCUGAGAAACCCAUACCUCUGUUUGUUGAAAAAUGUGUGCAAUUCAUUGAAGAUACAGGAUUAUGUACUGAAGGCCUGUACCGUGUUAGUGGGAAUAAAACAGAUCAAGACAACAUUCAGAAACAGUUUGAUCAAGAUCAUAGUAUCAGUCUAGAGUCUAUGGAAGUGACAGUAAAUGCUGUGGCUGGGGCUCUUAAAGCGUUUUUUGCAGAUCUGCCAGAUCCAUUAAUUCCUUACUCUUUGCAUCAAGAUUUGUUAGAAGCAUCAAAGAUCCUGGACAAGACAGAACGGCUACAUGAGUUAAAAGAAAUUGUGAAGAAGUUCCACCCAGUGAACUAUGAUGUCUUCAAAUACGUGAUAACACAUCUGAACAGGGUUAGUCAGCAAUAUAAGACCAACUUUAUGACUGCUGAUAACUUAUCAAUUUGUUUCUGGCCUACUCUGAUGAGACCUGAUUUUGAAAACAGAGAGUUCCUUUCUACCACCAAAAUCCACCAGUCGAUUAUAGAGACUUUCAUUCAGCAGUGUCAGUUUUUCUUUUACAAUGGAGAGAUUGUAGAAGCACCGAACCCAGGGGCAUGUCAGCCACCGCCUUCCAACACAGUGCAGAUGGUGGAGCCAAUGGUACCUCUGCAGUUACCACCACCACUGCAGCCUCAGCUGAUACAGCCGCAAUUACCAGCAGACCCUCUUGGUAUUAUAUAAAUAGAAGAUGAUUGCAGGCAGCCUGGCACUGGACAGUAAAGAAAAGCUAUAGACAUGCAUGUUUCAGGAUACAGUAAUGUACUUCAUAUUUAUGAAAAAUAAUUCUCAUCCAGCUGGUUGGACAUUUUUUUUGUUAUAUCCCGUACUGUGUUCCUCAUUUGUACACGCUGCAGAUAAAAACUAUGUGGUAAGCAUGACUGGAGAGGUUUAAUUUUUAAAAGCAAAAAUAGCUAUAAAGUACAAAGCUGCUGCUGCAUGAUACUUUAUUGCAAUCACUAUAUCAUUCCUGUGACAGUUUGUCACAAUAUAUUGUGAAUAAAAUUUUUCUAUAGAAAUUUAAUGAUUAAAAAAAUUACAUUUAUGAAACAUUCAGUGCUUACAGCCUGCUUUAUGGCUGUUUUUGUUAUUUAACAUGCUAUUUUUGGCAAUUUUAUUCACAUUCAAGCAUUCUGUAUAAACGACUAAAGCCCAGCUAUAGUUUAUUUUAUAAUCUCCGGCUACUUACGUGACUGUAGGCUUAGGAUGGUUUAUGGAAGAAUGCAAAAUGCACUGUUGAGAAUUUUACAAUGCCUCACCUUCCAUCUUUAUUUGUAAGUAAACCUGUGGACAGUUUGUUAAGGGUGGGUGAACUUGCUUAUUAUUUCUUACAGCACAAUACCAAGGACAUGCUUGUUGUAAAAGUGAGUUUCAAAUAUUGUACAAAAAUUUUGAUGUUGCCUACUUAUUUCUUUAUGUUCCAUUCCUUAACUAAACAUUUUGUAAAACUGUUAAUUCUGUAAACAGCUGCAUGUUUAAAAGAUCAUUGAUGGUCUUGUAAACUUAAUCUAAUAUAUUUUAGAUAUUUUAAUUUUUUCCCACUUGGGAAUACAUUUAGUGUUUAGAAAAUAGUUCAUGACAUUUUCAUACAAGGUUAUAUAACUUUUCAUACAUAAACAUGAACUUUGUUGUAGUAAAAUUCUCUAAACCAAACAAUGUUUUAAUCUAGGACUUCAAUUAAUCUAUUCUUUAAAUCUAUUUUUAUGUGACCCUUCAAAGAUAUACAAAAAUGCAUUGCUAAUAAAUAGCAAUAAAUACUUUGGGUACUGACAAUUAACUUCUUUGGAGUAUGUAUAUAUAAAAUCACAUAAACUUGUAUUCAUUUUCUUUUCCUGUGGUAUGUUGUACUUAAAAUUUGAAUGACUGAUUUUUUUUUUUUUGGUUUUGCACCAUUUUAAAAAAAAUGUUCUCUUUUUUUUUUUUCCUCGUUUAUUUUCCAUUACAUUGGUACCGAUUUUGCUGUAAAAGAAUGCUGCUUAAUUUAAACUUCUGGUUAAAUAUUUUGUUAGUGGUAAAAAUUUCAGAAGGUUACAAGUUGUAGCAAAGGGGAGACCAUAAGUAAUCACUAUUUGUGAGACUUUUCAUAGCAGCUUUUUUUCUUUCAUGUUCAAAAUACACCUUUUUAGAUCUGCAAAGAAAAAAACAGUUUUGGCUCAUUCAGCUGCUAGAAUGUUUUGUGUAGUUUUAAAAAAGAAGCUUUAUGAUGGUCACUGCUGUAAUCUUCACUUAUGACAAGAUUUAAGAUCGUCUUGUAUGUAUUAUAGUAAAUAGCUGAUUUUGAGUAUUAAGGUUCUUAAGAGUUUGAUUUGCUCCAUUUGCAUAAAAUAAAAAUUGCCUUUCCCACUUAUGUCCUAGGUAUUGUACUUCUAAUUAUGACUUGGAUUAUCAUUCUAGAUUACUAUGAUACCAUAAACUCGGCUGCUGUUUCAAGUACAUGUAUAUUAUAAAUUAUCUUGAUAUUGUGUUAUAUUCUUGCAAUUAAUUAUCUUUUUUAAGAAAAAAAAAAAAAGUCAACCUUAUUCCUAUUGCAAAGCACACAGGAAUUAAUAGUACAAUAAAGUCUGUCCUGUAAAGUGUAGUAUUCUUAACUUGUUCUACAUUACAUCUGUUGCUUUUAUUUAUAGUUGUCAGUCUAACAUUGGCAUGUUUAGCAGAGAAAAUGCAACUUCAAGUGUUUUAUAAACUAUUUCUAAGUUGCUAAAGAAUUUAUUUUUCUACUAUGUAUGGUAUAGACAAUGCAUCACCUGUACAGGAAACAAGUCUAUUUCUAAUAGAAGUAAGCUUAAAAGUAAAUGCCAGUCAUAUCCAUAUUUAAAAGUUCAAUCUAUAAAAAUAUCUCCAGGCUUUGUAAUGUGAAUUGCAUUUUAAACUUUCUACGAAUUCCAAGGUAUUUGCCAUACUGUUUAUCUAAUCUUUGAAUACUAAUUUUUAGAGUAGUCUACAUUCCUUUCCAUCGACUUUCACACCAAAUUCUUGAUCAUUUUUAUUGUAUAUGAAGUUACGUAUAAAUCACUUAUUUCAUAAUUUCCUGAAAAUUAACAUGUACUUUUGGCCAGAUAUGAAAGUGUUACUACAUUUACUUGAUAAACCAUUAUUAAAAAAAAAAAAAGAGCACGGCAUGUGACUCUGGAUUGUCACAUGGCAGAGUUCCUGCAUAUUAUUUGCAUUAUACAAGUAUCAUAUGCAGGAAUGUGGAUGUGCGUGUAUCUGGAUAAUAUAUACACUGAUAUUUUUGAUGUGCUUGUGUGUUUAUGUACACAAGGACAUGUGCACAGACUUGCAUGCACAUACAUUGUCUUAACAAAGUUUGGAGAAGAUACUACAAAAUAAUACCAUCGUGAUUAAAUAUACUAAAUAGAGCUUUCUCUGUUAUUUUUGUUAGUGCUAUAAAAUGAGGAAGCAUGUCAUUAUAUACAAAUUCCUCAUACUUUGGCUCUGUGUAGUCCCUUCUAGUUUUAAUGGAAAUACAAACAAUAAUAAUUAUAUUUUUUAAUGUGAGCAUUUUUACAGUAAUAUCUAUCUUGGAAAAAAAUACAAAUGUAUAUUAUUUUUUGUUGAGCAUCUCAGUGACACUUUAUGGAGUAUUUUGUCUUUUUUAUGUAACGUUGGCAUAGGCAUUUUGCAGUGUAUUGUUUUUCAAUAUUUUAGCAGUUUUGAAGUACGACACGCGAGUUAAAAAAGUGCCAUUCUAAGUAAUGUUUAGCAGGUUAUUUUAAAAUUCCUUGCCCUCCAGAAUAUUGUGGAAUUUUAACAUAGUGUACAUAGAUUGCAGAUGUCAAUCUGAGUGGAAAGAAACUUCUUUUAUUUUAAGUUUUCUCCAUUAUUUGAGUACUGGUUGCUAGGAAAUUAUAGAUACGCUUAUUUUUAGUUGCUGGCAGUUAGCUUCUAAUAUUUAUGGUAAAUACAGACAAGUUAUCAAUUGGAGACCAAAAAGAAAAAUUUGGCCUUACCUUCCAUGCUUAUCUCAGUUUUCCUCAGUAAUGUGUUCAUGUUUGUCAACUGAAAAAGAAAAAAAAAAUUUUUUAAGUACAAAUUUUGUUCUUUGUUUAUAAUGUAAUCUUUUGUUGCUACAUCUACAGAAUACUGCAGUGGAUUUAAUAUCAGUGAAGCUUAUUCUGUAUAAAAGAUGCAAUGAAUAAAAUACUAAGAUGCUUACUGUGUAUAAUGUUCAGUUUAGUUGCCUACUAAAUUUUUGAAGGCAAAUCACCCAAUUAUCUCCUUCACAUACACAGAGAUGAAAUGUAGCAUUGAAUUGUGCGAAACUGAAUGCAUCAAAUGUUUAAGGAAUUCCUUGAGGGAGGGAGGUGGGAUGGGGAAGGAGUUUGCCUUUUUGAGUCUCUUCUUUUAAACUGCAGAAUUUUGCAAGUUAUUUACCCAGUGAUUAAUGUGCUGUGCCUCUUUCUGUAGGUAAUGUACCCCUCUUUCAUGCUGAAUACAUGCAGACCUCAAAAGGAACAGGAUGGAAGAUGUUCUGUUUAGCUGCGUAAUGCAUGUUUUAUUCUGUGGCUCGUGUGAUCUUUCACAUUUUUCUCUUGAUUGAUCUGCUCAGCAAGAAAGGCUGUGAUUAUGGAAAUCAGUUUUUCAGAUUUCUACCAAGCUAGAUGAAUGGUUGAAAAAUGAAAACACUAUUUUACAAUUGCUCUUUUCCUUUUUUAAACCAGUAAACCAAUAAAAAACUGCAUUGUCAAGUCAA